AUGAACUUGCUGAUUUCCAAACUUCACCUCGUCGUCAAGUGGCUGCAAAACCUCGACCUGUCAUUUUACCCGAAGAAUGUACGCAGAGAUUUUUCCAACGGUUACCUUGUGGCAGAGAUAUUUUCUCAUUAUUACCCCGUCAGCUUUCCAUUGCAUUCAUAUGACAAAGGAACAUCACUCUCUGCCAAGCAGAGGAACUGGAGCCAGAUUGGGCGGUUUCUACAAAAGCAGAGUCUUCACUUGAUGAAAGAGGCCAUUGAUGGAACAAUCCACUGUAAAUCAGGAGCAGCUGAGGUGUUGGUGCAGGAGAUUUACACUAUUCUAACUAACCGCAGCAUUAGUGAUGUUCAGAACAGAGAGUCAGACUUUACUGACCAACAGUACCAGGAGCUUCUGCCUGCCUUGGCUCGCUCCACAGCCUCGAAGGCCAUUAAAAACAAUCUGGCAAUAACGGAGAUCAUGGCCAAGCCCGACAUAUGCACAAACCAGAAGAAGGCUGAAGUCAUCCUCCGUAGACACUUGGAGCACAAAGCUGAGGAGAGGGUUCUCAACCCUGGGCGUUUUAAAGUGAAGCCUAAUCGAAGUCAGCUGUCAGCCAAUAAUCUCGCACCACCCAGCCAGGGUGAUGAGUGCUUUGACAGCCCUUCAAGCGGAGGCACCACAUCUAAGUUGUCGUCCUCAUCAACAGUGACUGGAGCAACUGUUUCCUUUAAGGAGAUAAAGGUGCAUCAGCCUGUCAAACACUCACCGGUUAACUAAUAAAGGAAACUAAUAGAUAAAUGUGCUCUGUUACUGUACUAUGUGUGUGUCACUGCAUGUAGUAAUAUAUAACCUGUGUCUCACUGUUCCACACAAGUAUUUACUGCAGUAUAAUUUGCUGUGAAAUACAAAUGACGUCACUGUUAGUUAUGGUUUAUGUAACGUUGUAGAGUCUCGAACAUCAUGUCUGGUCUAUGUGUCUUUGUGGCAGUAGGUGGCAGCAUUGAGUCAUGAGUGGUUUUCUCCUCAAUGACGUUAAAGACUAAAAGCCACUGGUAUAGGUGUACCAUUGAGAAAAACUGGAAAUAAAUCAGUGUAUGCAGUGUAUAUUGACUUGCCUUCCUGUUGAUCUGUCUGUGUGUUCAUCAGGCAAGCUGGUAAGUGUUCAGUUAUGUUCACAUUUCUGUAAUUCAUCUUUAUUCAUUACAAAGGCCUUUUUUCCUCAGUCUGCAUUUUAAGGUUUUUAUUAUUAACCACCUGCCAGAUGCUGGUAAAAUUUACACUCAUUUCACUAUGAUGAGCUCCACUUUAGGCAGCUGCUCUUGAUAUGUGAUUCCUCAAUUGAUUUGCUAGAUCUGGGGAUUACCUAAUCACUGUGACAUGUAGACAUGAAAGCUAUCACCUGUCUCAAUUAAUCAUUAAUGUUCCAAAUUUUCUCACUCAUGGUUGAUUAAAUCCCAGCAUUUUUUUCAGACCGUAUCAGGAAUACUGACAGAUGACACUGGUUUUGCUCUCAAAGGUGCAGAUGACCAAAGGCCAGAGAUGUUUUUUUUUUUAUGUUCUUUCUGUCAAUAAAACUGCCCAUGCAUAGCAACAUGAA